GUCUCCGAGAGCGCUUCUUCUAAGGAGCUGAUCUUGGCAGAGGCACUUGUAACUCUCGUAACUCCUUCGGUAGCGAGGUCAGGCCAGGCGUUUGUCGUCAAUCUUCAGGAGAUAAGGACUCGGUACCGAAUGAAGCACAUAAAGAUCUGUCCGAGAACACGAAUGCGUGCGCAGCAGCGUGGACCCGAGUAGGCGGAACGCUCGAGCGAGAGGAGCUUACUGCGGCGGUGCCAGCAGCUCCGAUCAUGCGUGGAGCGACGGCACCGGCGCGGUGCGCACGAGUCUAGAGGCCUGGUUUUGAGGCGAUCCUGACGCGGCGGGGCCUGUGCGCCGCUGUGGCGCACGCUAGCUGCAGCCGUCAUGGGGAAACUGAACGUGGUGAUGCUUCGGUACCUUUCCAGGGAGCACUUCAGGGUCCUGACAGCGGUGGAAAUGGGCAUGAAGAACUAUGAAAUAGUCCCAGCUAGCUUAAUUGCUUCCAUUGCCAGCCUUAAACAUGGUGGCUGUAAUAAGGUUUUGAGAGAGUUGGUGAAGCAUAAGCUUCUAGCUUAUGAACGAACUAAAACUGUCCAGGGUUAUCGGUUAACUACAGCAGGAUAUGAUUUCCUUGCUUUGAAAACUCUGUCUUCCCGACACGUAAUAAAUUCUGUUGGAAACCAGAUGGGUGUUGGCAAAGAAUCAGAUAUUUAUAUUGUGGCAAAUGAAGAGGAAAAACAGUUUGCUUUGAAAUUACAUAGGCUUGGAAGAACUUCCUUUCGCAGUCUGAAAAAUAAACGUGACUAUCACAAGCACAGACGUAAAAUGUCAUGGCUAUAUUUAUCGCGGCUGGCAGCAAUGAAAGAAUUUGCCUAUAUGAAGGCUUUGCAUGAUAGAAGCUUUCCUGUUCCAAAACCUGUAGACUACAACAGGCAUGCAGUUGUUAUGGAUCUUAUUGAUGGCUACCCCUUGUGCCAGGUGCACCACAUGGAAGAUCCUGCCGCUGUCUACAGUGACUUAAUGGAUCUGAUCGUGAAACUUGCCAAUCAUGGUUUGAUUCAUGGUGAUUUCAAUGAAUUUAAUCUCAUAUUGGAUAAUGAUGACCAUGUCACUAUGAUUGAUUUCCCUCAGAUGAUAUCAACGUCACAUACAAAUGCUGAAUGGUAUUUUGACAGAGAUGUUAACUGCAUUAAGGAGUUCUUUAAGAAACGCUUCAACUACGAAAGUGAACUCUUCCCAACAUUUAAAGACAUCAGGAAGGAGUGUUCUCUUGAUAAAGAGAUUGCUGCCAGUGGCUAUACAAAAGAAAUGCAGGAAGAUGAUGAACUGCUUUACCCAGCAGGUUCUGAUGUGGAUGAUAAUACAACAGAGGUAUCAGAAUUUGUAGAAGAUGCUGAGAGUAAACUCAACGUACUCAGCAAAGAUGAAGAAAAUAAUGCAGGCUUUGUACAUGAAGUGGAUGAUUUCUCUGAAAGCAGAACCUCUAACAACUUUAUGUACAGCAAUGAAGAAUUUGAUACAACUGAAAGUAGUGAAAAUACACAGAGGCUGAAUAUGUCAAAGUUAAGUUCAGCCUUAGAAAAAUUGGAAGGGCAAGUUAGGCUUUGCAAGUCCAGUGAAGAUGCAGAGAGUUCUGCAGUUGUCUUUUUUAAAGGCAAAACCACAACUGAAGAUGAUGCUGAAGCUGGAAAUCAGACAGGUCAAGGAGAAUUUUGUAACGAUAUGGAAAAUGAAAACAAAUGCCCUGAUCUGGUUAACUUUUCAACUUUAAAUGAGGAAUUAAGACAUCACAGAAAGGAAGAGAAUGUCAUUCCUGAGUGCAGAACAAGGACUGAAAGUAUCACAUCAGUCAGAAGUGCUGGGAGCUGUUCCACCAUUCCACCUAGAUUCUGCAUUGUGUGUAUCAGAAAAAUUUCAGCAGAAUUCGUCUUUUUCUUCAACCCCAGGCUAUAAACUAGUCAGUGUGGCUACCUCUGUUACAUUUUUAAAAGUGCAUUUUAAAGGAAAGAAAGUCCAAUAUUUUUUGUCAAUUAUAAAGGAUUCUUGCACAAAUCAUGAAAAAACUUCUUUCAACUGACAGCUGAUCCAUGAGGUAUUUUUUUAAUUAGAUUGGACUACAUACUUGCCAUUGUAACUAUGGAUAUAUGUUCAGUCUUGUUUUCAUUUGCACGGCUUAAUUUUUAUUGUGGAUAGCUAUUAUCGUAAUAACAGAGAGCAGAACUCAGAAUGAAAACAUAGUAACAGAAUAAUUUUCAUAAAGCUACUACAGUUUUAUGGAAAUAUUGGUCACUAUUGCUCUUUCAGUUUUUUCCUGCAGAGACACAAUGCAGUUCGAACUUUCUGAAUCUUAACAGGGGAGUGCUUCAAACAGGGCAAAACUGGAGGAGGAACUAUAAAUCACUCCUGACCAUCUGUCUUUUUUAGCCACUUAUGAUAAAGAGUUGUUUUCCAUUAGAAUCAUACUCUUAUCUAUGUAAUGCAAAAAAGCCAAGGUGCUAAAAAAAUGCAGAAACCAAAGAGUUGCUGCAGAACGUGAAAUGUUCUGUUGGUUUUGAGGUUUUCUUGUUGUUUUUUGGGUUUUUUUUUUAACUUACAAGACCUUUGUCUAUGUCUGCAAGCACAAUCAGCUUUUACAUUCACACCAAGAGGUGCUGGUCCCUUACAAUCCCCAUAAAAAUGACACAAACAUGAUUUAAAAUGCUGUUUAUUAGAGCUAAAACCAUCAGAAGAGAAGAACAUAGAUAAUCCUAUGCGCCUUUAGAUGCUGGGAGCCCUUAGAACUCCAGCACACAUGCAACAUGCAAUGCAGACCUUGUCCAUAUGAGAGAAUCCUUUUUCAGUCAGUCUAUUUUAUUACUUUCUUACAAGGAAACAAGUGUUCGUGAUUUUUACAGUAAAGUUGAAAUGAUGUUCAUAUGAGAACUUCUUCCUGCACAGGGCCACACAGGAGGCCUAAUGGCCAGUACUGAGAGAGAGCUGGCUCAGUUAAUCCUACUGCCAACAGAUAAGCAACACAGCAGAGGCCUGAAGACAACCCUGUAUGUGCAGUGUAGUGCAACACAGUGCAGACUUGGGCUUAUGUUGAUUGUUGUGUAGAUCACUAACUUCUUGAUAUACAGAGAUCUCCCAUUUAGGAUCAUACAUGGUUAUUAGGUAUUGAAAAUGCACUGUUGUGCUGUGUCUUAGUGCUAUUAAAUGAUCUUCAGCAAGUUCUGUUACUGAAUUUUUUGUUUGU